AUGUCUGCAGCGACCACCACGAUCGAGCUUCCAGCACGUACUCGGAGCGGUAUCUUGCUCCCGCCAUCCCAGUCGGAGCAUGACCAACCAUUUGCUUCCUUGGACUUUCUGAUCGAGCGACCAGGCCAACGCUUCCGCCAUGAUGGGACCGUCGACGACGACCUCCCAGUCGACGUGCCAACGAAUUCGACAUCAGCGCUUCUCCCGCCACCUACGCGUCGCCAGCAGCUGAUGGUACUUGCAGCAUCUUUCAGCGCCGUGUUCCUCACCAUCGGCUUCAAUCAGUCAUACGGCGUCUUCCUCGCUUACUAUCUCGCGACCGGCACCAAGGCUGAUGGACCAGAUCCUUUCUUGCCGCCAUCGGCAGCUGACAACAAAGCCCUGCUUGCAUUUGUUGGCACAUUGGGUGCCGGACUCACUUGGUCUGGAUCUAUCUUCGUGAAUCCGCUGAUGGCCCGAAUUGCUGAUCCCCGAUGUCUGACCGCGACUGGAGCAGGCUUGAUUGCUGGAGGCUACCUCAUGGCGAGUGCUUGUAGCCAGGUCUGGCAACUGCUACUCACGCAAGGUCUGGUGUACGGCAUCGGAAGCUCUCUUUUGUACUUCCCGAUGCUUGCCGUGGCACCAGAGUACUUUGAUGCUCAUCGUGGCAGUGCGAUGGGAGUGGUACUUUCAGGGGCAGGCUUGGGCGGUCUUACAUUUGCGCCUCUGACGCGAGCUCUCCUGGCCAAGGUUGGGGCAGCAUGGACAUUGCGAGCACUCGGUGGCAUAUCUGGAGUACUAGGACUAGCUAUAUCCCUCGCGACCCCGCAAAGCAGAAGCGUGGCAAGAAGGCCGACUCUGGUCAAUUGGGCUGUGGCCCGAAAGCCGACAUUCAUACUCAGUGCCUUGGCCGGCAUGAGUCAGGCCGGAGGCAAUUUUGUGCCACUGACGUUCUUGCCGGAGUUCACGGUCAGACUGGGAUACUCUGCGACCUUCGGCGCCAGUCUGUUAGCGAUUCUCAACGCGGUCAACACUGUCUCCCGGAUUGGCUUUGGCUUCCUGGCCGACAUGACUGGGCGCCAGAACACUCUCAUUCUCAGUGUCCUUGCGAGCUCGGCAGUAGUCGUGGCAUUCUGGCUGAAUGCUGCCUGGGAGACCAGUUCUGGCAUGUGGAUCGCGUUCGUGGUCAGCUAUGGUGUCUUCUCGGGCGGCUAUAAUUCGCUGUUCCCAACGACUGUUGUGGACAUCUUUGGGACGCAGGCUUAUGCUUCGGUCAACGGGUUUCUGUAUUUCGUUCGAGGACUUGGUGCUUUGUGGGGCUCACCUGUUGGGGGGACUUUGGUCGAGGAUGGUGCUGAGACACAGGCAUAUGUCUCGGUGAUCUGGUACGACUUUGCGCUGCUACUGGCAUCGUCGAUCGCUGUUAUUCUUGUGAGACUGUUUGAUGCCAAGGACAAAGGUCACUUUAAGUUGAAGGCUUGA